AUGGGAGCCCCGAGACUUAGCAUCCUGAUACGCGAUUCUCCGACUGAAUCGGCCAUCACACAGCCUCAACCUCCCCCUGAUGGAGACAUCGAUAUCGGCUGGAAACUGGAAGUCCAGGCUCUUCUCGCCACCAUCAUCGAUUUCGUGGCUACGGAUCAUGGUCUCGGCCGGCAUACGUACCUCACUUACGAACAAGCGGUAAAUCAGCAAUAUUACAGUCUUCUCGCGCAAGUCUUCUGCGUAAAUGCUUUGAGCUUUGCGAAGCUGUCCAUCGUCGUGUCGUACAUACGAGUGCUUCGUGGCUCGGGGAACCGCCUCCACCGAGUCUUGCUAUGGACCGUAGGCAUCUCGGUCCUUGUUGUCAACACCGUUGUUAUCAUCACCUUCUAUGUUGCGUGCAACCUGACUGAAAAAUCGUGGGAUCUUCUAACCCCGGGUACAUGCUGGACCAUGAAUACCAGACUUGCAUUUCCUCUUCUUCAAGGAGCUGAGUCGUCUAACUUCGCAAAGCCGCCCUUGCAACUUCGGAAUGGAACCAAGGUUCUCGUCUUUGGUUUGGUAGAUCUGGGCACAUUGACCGGAGUGUUUGCUAUGACACGAAUCGUUGAGACAGGCCCUCAGCUUCAUAUCCCUGCCGCCCCCGGGCCCGAUAUGUCGUUCAGCAUCGUCCUGGGUCUUAUGUGGUCCGGAAUGGAGAGAAACAUCGCGAUUAUUAUUAGAAGCAUACCCGCGCUGAACCCGCUUGUGGGACUAGCUACCAGACUCGUCAAGCAGACCUUGGACUCGUCGAUAUUGAGACUCCGAUCGGUAAGAUCUCACUCCCAUCAGCCGUCAGACAUCCCGCCGUCCCAGAAGCUGCCCGAUGAUGACAGUCGACGACGAAACCACGUGACUCGGGGAAACCCAAAGACAGGUGCGGCGACAUCCAAUACGAGCGAGGGAUAUAUCUUGCCUAAGCAGAGCCUAGAAAGGGAGUGA